CUGUACAUACUACACGUGAAUUGGCUAAAUAGAGUGUAAAGACUCAAAUACCAAACGAACAAUAAUUCUACCAAAUGAAGCUUGGUUGGACAACGUAAAGAAUUCACCUCUGAGCAAAAUGCUUCGACGAAAGGUUCCAAAUUCAAAUGGAAAGCGCAAAAAAGACAACGAAGAUGAUAAGUACGUAUGUACUUUAGAUGACGCUUCUUUAGGGAAGGCAGAACGAGAACUGAACGAAGAUCCAGUGGAGAGACACAGUGCAGUUUUAACAUUGAGACAAUGGGUGCAGACACAACAACAUUUGAGAUGUCGGACAGAUAUGCCUUUUCUGCUGCGUUUCCUACGGUGUGCCAAAUUCUGCCAGUUGAGAGCCCGGAAAACUAUAGAAAAUUAUUUGGACAUUUGUUCGCAAAUGCCAGAAUGGUUUUCAGAUGUCGACACGACUGAUGAAAAUAUACUGAAAUAUUUUAAAUCUGGGUUAUUUCUUGUCCUGCCAGGGAGGGAUGAUGAAGGAAGGAAGAUCUUUGUUUUCAGACCAGAGGUUUACGAUCUCCACGAUAAAAGUUUAAAUUCAACGGAUAUGGGGCGGGCCUGCGUUGGUAUGCUGUUAUACCUACUACGAGAUGAAGCAACCCAGAUUAACGGAAUCGUCGCCCUGGAGGAUAGGACUAAUUUUACCAUGUCCCACAUGAAACAGAUGGCGCCUACAUUUACAAAAGGAGUAAAAUGUUUUAUGGGAGGUCAGUUCCCACUGAGGUAUAAAGCUAUACAUUGGUACAACUCUGGAGCCUUAACAGACGCCUUGAUGACGCUCAUCAAACCGUUUAUGCAGGAAAAACUAAGACAACGGGUUCAAAUGCAUGGGAACAGUAUGGAGAGUGUAUUUGAAUGCAUUCCAAUGAGGCUGCUCCCGUCGGAGUACUUACCCGAUGACUACGAUGGUCCAACAAACGGAACACGACAACAAUGUAUAGAUUGGUUUUUAGCUGAACUAACAAACGAAAACGUGAGAAGAGAAAUAUUGGAUGAUACAAGCGACAAAUACGGAAUAGACAUUGAUAAAAAGCCACCAGAAGAUAAAACUGUAACGCCUGGUUCAUUCCGAAGAUUGAGCUCCACAGAAUCUAAAUGGUAGCUAUUGAUUGUAGCUCAAAUGGAUGCACAUGUACACUAAAAUAAAAAACGGGUGACGUUUUCGUUUAGUUAACUCCUUACGGCCUGUGAGUGAUCGGCUGGGGUUUGCCAAAUACUGGUCUGGCGAAAAAUAGGAACGCCUUGGUUAUUCAUAGUUGAGUCGAGCCAUAUAUGGUGUACGUUUUCUUCACCUACAAAAGUAUAGACAAGUAGAGAAACUGAUAAUAAAGAGUGUAAAGAUACAG